AUGUCUCUACAUAAUCCACAGAGUUCAUCACCACAACCUCGUGUGGUAUUCAUACUGAAUGGCUCACCUCUACUCUAUCGCCUUAUUCCAUCUCUCCACAGCCCUCUCCUUCUCACCGGUCAUCUUGUAAUUAACCGGGAGCUAAAGGCUCCCAUCCCAUGUGCUUCGUCCUCCGCCUUCUCCAUUGUCAUCACAAGCAUAUCUAGCCACAUUGUCAAUAAAACCAGUUUUAAUGGUAGGCGUCUGCAGCACUGGCGCGAGCCAGUCCAACUCAAGUCUUGGGUCAGACUCACUCACGGAGCUCAUCAGAAACUUGUCCAUUCCCUCUACAUAAGAUACAACUGA